UAAGAAGGAAGUCAAUGAGCGGCUGUCUUCACUGAUACUGAGGAGAGAGGCAGGCUGUUGACUAAUCGAUCAGCACCGCCUAGUCCCAAAAGAAUUGAAGCUACCAGAGGAGAUACAACGUGACCGUCUGGGAUGGAGUUGGGUCUCCCGGUGUUGAUGCUUUUGACCUUAUCGGGAAGCACAUCUGGACAGUCUGACCAGUACAGCAGAGCAGUGGAUUGGUUGAGCAGGUAUGGCUACCUUCCUCCUGCUGACCCACGCACGAGUAAACUGCAGACCAAAGAUGGACUUGAGAAAGCCAUCCGUGUCAUGCAGAGAUUCGGUGGCGUCCAGGAGACCGGCGUGCUCGACCAGGAAACCCUAAAACUCAUGUCCACACCGCGAUGCUCUCUGCCGGAUAUUGUUGGGAGUGAGGACAUGCUGAGGAGGAGGAGGAGGAGGAAAAGAUAUGCCCUGUCAGGCCUUAAGUGGCAUAAGACAGACCUCACAUGGAGUGUCCACAGCUACCCAUCGACCACCCUCUCCCCCGGAAUGGCACCCAAUUUGGUGGACAACAUCCUGACUCGCGCCUUCAAAGCUUGGAGCGAUGCAGCCCCCGUGAACUUCCAUCGGCUGUCGACUGACAGCAGGGGGGCGGCGGCCAGAGGGGACAUCAGAGUGUCUUUUAACCGCUUUCUUCACGAAGACGGGUACCCUUUUGACGGGCAGGGUGGCACCCUGGCCCACGCCUUUUUCCCCGGCAGGGAUGAAGUGGCGGGUGACACACACUUUGAUGAUGAUGAGAUCUGGAGCUAUGGAGGUGACAGCAGCAGCACAGACUUGUUCACAGUUGCGGUGCAUGAGUUUGGCCACGCACUGGGCUUGGGCCAUUCAUCCACAGAUCCGUCCAUCAUGAGGCCCUACUACCAGGGAGCUGUGGGAGACAUUCAGAACUUCAAACUGGAACUGGAUGACAGGCUGGCCAUCCAACAGCUGUAUGGUGUGAAGGACGAGAGGCCAUCAGGUGGGGUUGAUCCGGAUCUCCCACGCCUGCCCAGUCCACCUCCUCCAAGAGCAACCCAGCCGUCUGAGCCCUUGUUCCCCGAGCGUUGUCAGGGAGGCUUUGAUGCAGUGGCAAAUAUCAGGGGGGAGGUCUUCUUUUUUAAAGGUGAACACUUCUGGAGAACCAAGCGAGAUGGGUCUUUGGUGUCCCUCAAUCCGGCUCAGAUCAAAAACUUCUGGAUUGGACUUCCGCCAGGAACGAACAAGAUCGACGCCGUGUAUGAGAGGAAGAGUGACAGCCGUAUCAUCUUCUUUAUUGGAUCUCAAUACUGGGUCUUCAAGGACACAGUGGCCAUGGCUGGUUACCCUCGGCCCAUCUCUGAAUGGAACAUGAGGAGAAGGAGCGGGGUGAUGGUGGACAGGGUGGAGGCAGCCUUCAUCUGGGCCCACAACGGCAAGACCUACCUAUUCAGCGGUGGGGAGUUUUGGAGGUUUGACGAAAGCCGCAAGGGGGAACAGACAAACAUGCAGCCAGAGCCGGGCUACCCACGGGACAACAGUCUCUGGGCAGGAGUGCCAAACCACAUGGAUGACAUCAUCAGCUGGGGAGAAGGAGAUGCCUACUUCUUCAAGGACAACCUUUACUGGGUGCUAAAGAACGGAGGACUGAACCAAGAAGUCGUCACUCCUAAAUCCAUCGCCGUAGACUGGCUCAGAUGUCCAGCUCCGCCUGCCACACCACCCUACACUCCUGUCGGGCCACGAAACCCAAAGGCGUGCAGCUGUGAGCUAAAUGGCUCAUCUUCAUUCAAAAGAAGCAGCUGGCUCCUCCUGAUCUCUGUCUUAUUGGCAAUCACUGAGUUUAUUAGAAAAUAGACACCUGCGGUUUGAAAUGUGUGGCUGCAGCAUGUUUCUGUACUACUUCCGUUUUUUUUUUCCACUCGAGAGUAAUGAAGGCUCUUUACAUCGUCAUACACUCACAUUAGAUUACAGCCCAUUCGCUGGUUUCAAGUUACAUGCCAGUGUCAUUACAAGCCAAACACCCACCUUAUAAUUCAACAUAAGGAUUAUGUCCAUGUAAAUACUUACCUUACAACAAACUGCUGAACCGUGAAAAAAGUAAGUCUUGUGCUCCCUCUCUCCAUCCUGGUGUAGGAUUUCAGCCCCUCCUGGUUCUAGAGCGUGUAUCAGGUUACACACAGUCUGUACAGGGGAAUGUAUGGAAAUCCAAUACAGAAAUCCAGUGCUCCCUCAUAAUGAGACCUUACAUUAGUAACCAAAGUUUGGACAGCAAACAGGCAACACAAACAUACCGAAGUGCAAUUUCUUCAAUUUCUUUUUUUUUUUUUUUUUUAAAGUCCACAGUUUUAUGCGUGUGCACACAUACCUGUGUUUACGGUGCAAACAGGAAUGGGCUUUGGUUGAUCAAACUUGCAGACUGUAUUGAGAAGAGGGACAAACAAGAAACAUAUUUUGUCAUGUGGUUUUUUUUGUGUGUUUUUUUUUUUUAGUUCAGAAACGGAAAUGGCAUCAUUGUCGUGCAGCUUCUGAACUCAGACGUGCGUAAGCCAAGAUCAGUGACAGAGAUAUUAAUAGCAAAACUUUUUUUUAUCUGGCAAGAGUUCAAAGCAGAGUUGAGCAGCAGGUAAGCAGUCCACGUGGCCAAACCAAGCUAGCAAGUAAAACCAGGAACAAGGAAAGAUGGCUCAUGUAUGCAGGGAGGAGAUAACGAGGGAACAGGAAACAGUUGUGCCGCUAGAUGAGAUCAGGUGACUGGAGUGGAGGUGGGAAACAGCAGGUAAUUGUUGGUUUGAAUUUUUAAACUCGAAACCCACCGCACCUACAUUACCCACAACAUAGAAAGCCACUGAGUGACAUGUACCCAUGUAUUACAGCAAAAAUAUGGGGGGAAAAGGAGCAAAAAAAUGAGCAAUAUGAUCAAACAGAAACAGUUGUUUCAUCUCACACACGUUCAAGCUUUUCAUAUUUUUAGUUCUUCUUCACUGAUUUGCUGUUGUGCAAAAAAAUCUUUCCUUUUUUUAUUCAUUCUGUAAAUGUGAUCUUGAGGUGGAGCUAAAAUCUUAAGAUCUAAUCCAGUAAAUUAUUUCAUGCUUAAAGUUCCGGGGUAUAAGAUCAAUGUUGUAAAAAGUACCCAAAAGUCAUACUUGAGUAACAGUGUUAAAAUAUUACUUUGGUUCCCGUGACAGUACCUGAGUAUAAAUCUUAUAGCGUCUGAUAUUUCAUGUAGCUCAGUAAAAUUAUUCAUACAAUUCCUUGGAUGUAAUUCUGUAGCUCAAGUGAGUAAUGUUCUGUUCAAUUUUCAUUAGUUUUUUUUUCAAUUGCUGUAAAAGUUACUUUACUUUAAAUUUGUUCUACUUUGCUUGCAGUCUGCGCGCUUGGGGAGCAACUGAAUACAUGUAACAUAACAUAAUUGGGAUACAAAAAAAGGCAUGACCGUUGAAGUUACAGGAAAAAAAGAGGUUGUUAUAUUACAGAUACAUUUUGUAAGUGUUUUCUCACAGAAUUCACACUUUUGUAUCAAAAUGAAGUAAAAGUGAUUUUGUUGA